AUGAAGGCAACUAAGACUGCUCCACUUAAUUACGUAUAUGUUUUACGUAAAGGGAGCAAUGACAAACCAAAGAGAGUUUUCCUAUGCAAGAAUAAUAAAGAAUUUCAAAAUUCUUGCAAAGGAUUUCUAAAAGAUAACGAAGCUAUUGGAAAAAUCUGGACAAAGCACGGAAGAUUAGUAAAAGAAAUCUCAAGAGUCCACGCUGGAGCUACAUUAGAGUUAGAAAUUGUUGAUGAAAAUUCAUUAGUACACCAAUCUAUUCCUCAGGAUAAUCUUAAGAACAUCAAGAAAUACAGAGGUGCAUCUAAAAUGUUUACCGUCGUCGAGGAUGAAAAAGAAAAUGAAGAACCGGAAAAUAUAAUGGAAGGUGCUAUUAAAUUCGAUUUUACAUCAGAUCCUACGAAUCCUGCAAAUAAAAAGCAAGAAAAAGUCGAGGCAACCAAAAAGAAAUCCAUUAUUAAGAAAGCAUCAGAAAUUAAUCUUGAGCAAGCACUGAAAAAAUACACAUACUCACCAACCAAGCUUAGUAGAGUUACCAUUGAUGAUGUUUCAUCAGGCUCAAACUCUAUGAUGUCUACUCUUUCACAAUGGAAUACACUAGGAGUUGAUUAUCAAUCAAUUUUCAAUGCAUUCCCUCAAAAAGAAAAAGAUGAAAUACAAAACAUAUUUAAUAGAGAAAAUGAACACGCAAACUACUGGGUUAGAGGCGUAGAAAGACUUGCAUUCGAAGAAUUUGGUGUUGAUACAAGAUUUAUUCAGUUCUUACCUGAUAUUAUUGAUCAUAUCAAAAUGAAAGGAAUGUCAGCAAAUACAAGAGUUCUUUCUAAGUAUAUUUAUCAUACAUUUAAUCUUUUCAUUUAUGGUCCUAACAAAUCCGGAAGGACAACAAUGCUGUACCUUGCUUGCGUUGAAGCUGCAAAAACUCUUGGAAUUGCAAACGAAUGGAAAGAUAAUCUCUUUCUUCCAAUUGACGCAAGAAAGAUUAUUGAUGAAAAACCAGAUGCAACUAAUAUGUAUCAUUCACUGGUUUCUAAAGCUUGCAAUGCAAUUGCAGCAGAAUUUCCUAUUUAUGCAAGAUCGGCUUCAGAAGUUUCAGAAUAUUUAACAAAAUUACCUAAUUUGCAUCCAGAAAAACUCUUUUUAAACGAUACUUGCCUUGAUCCUGAAUUCAGAAAAGAAUUGAAGAAAAAGAUUACAGAUAUCCUUGAAGGAAUGUCAGAAUCAUUUUCAUCAAAUGAUAAUCAAUUCCUGGCUGAAAGCAUCUGGUCUGUACCUCAAUUACUUACUGAUGCAUUUGGUAUUAAGAAGCUGGUUUAUGUUAUGGAUAAUCUUGAAGCAUCUGAUGUUACAUUCAUCUUCUCAGAAGAAACAAAUGCAACUUUCCUUUCAGAGAUUGUCUUGCUUGCAUUGGCAUCUAACCAAUAUAUAACUACUAUUGGUGAUCAAAAGCGUUUCUCCCCGUUGUGCAUUCCAUUCACAUCAAAUGGACCAAACAUUUUAAGUAUUUCACAGGUUAUAACAACAUAUGACAUUAUUGAUGAGUAUUCUUUCUUGUCGCGUGCUAUUGUAGUUAAUACUACUGGAAAUCUUCCAAUUAAAAUCGACAUCCCAAUGCUCGGAGGAAUUCCUGCCUAUGUCUUCAAAUUCCAAAGAGUUGGAGAGCUACUUGAUGUAGCUGAAAGAUGUGGCGAUGAUGAAGAACAAAAAGUGGAAGCACUGGCUGAAAUCGACGAUAUUGUUUCAGAUUUGCUUAAUAUUGUUUUCCCAGAUCAGAAAUUUAUCAUUGAAAAGGUCCAGCUUUCUUCAUCAAUGGGCUUUUAA